AUGCUGACGACAGAGAUUGUCGCUAUCUUGUCAGGGGUUCUAGCCCACCAGGUUGUGUUCAUCCAAGGUGAAUGGCAUUUGAGAGGCGCCUCGGUUAUCAUGACACACAUAGCCCUGACCACGUGUCUAUAUGCGGUGCGAGACCGUCCAGGAGUUCUCAUCUUCUUGUAUCUAUCUUCUCUCUUCCUCAGCAUCUCCAUCUAUCGUCUUUUCUUUCACAGACUACGCCAUUUCCCUGGCCCCAAACUGGCAGCACUGACCAAGCUGUGGCAUGUGUGGAAAUGUCGUGACUCGCGUGGCCACCUGGUCGUGGACGAGUGGCACAAGACGUAUGGGACGUUUGUGCGAACAGGGCCCAGUGAGAUCACCGUCUUCCACCCAGCCAUCUACGAGGCCAUGGAUGGAACAGGGAACCAGAACACCCGUUCGGACUGGUACGACCUGCUGCAUCCGCGCAUCUCGUCCAUCUUCACGCGCGACAGGGUUUUUCACCUGAAGCGGAGGCAAAUAUGGAACCACGCUUUGAGUAGUGCUGCCCUAAGGCAAUACCACCGACGCAUCCACACCAAAGUGUCAACCCUGACAGCGCUCGUAGAGAAACAAGACACACACCCCGUCCUGAUUAACAACAUCAUGUACUGGUUUGCCUUUGACUCGAUGGGUGACUUCGCGUUCAGCGAGGACUUUGGCAUGCUGAGGAACCAAGAGUGGCACCGCGUGAUUUACCUCUUCCGGUCUGCCCUGGCACUGCUGGGGCCGUUCAGUCCGGCGAUUUGGAUCCCGCGAUUGGGAUUUUCGAUUAUGCCGGGGAUGUGGAGGUUGAGGCGGUGGUUUGAGAUGUUGGAGUUUUGCGAUGCUUGUAUGGAGAGGCGGAUGAAGAGGACUCUGGACGAUCGAGACAUAGCCUCGUGGUUUAUUCAAGACCACGAAAGCCAUAGCGACGACGGGAGCAGAAAACACUGGUUGAGCGGGGAUACAGCGACGCUGGUUGUAGCGGGGAGCGACACGACCGCUCCAGCCCUCACCCACCUCCUUUAUUUCCUCGCGCGAUACCCGUCCCACGCAGAACAAAUAUAUCUAGAGCUCGUGACCGUCGAUAGCCAUGAUCCGGUGGCAUUGUCUAAGCUGCCGCAUCUGAACGGGGUCAUCAACGAGACCAUGCGUCUCUUACCAGCUAUCUUGACGUUUGGCACGCGCGAUACUCCGCCGGAAGGGCUUUGGGUUGAGGGAACGUAUAUUCCGGGGUGUGUUAAGAUUUGCGCUCCGAGAUUCACAGUAGGGCGCUUGGACUCCGCUUACGUUCAACCCCAUGACUUCAUCCCCGAGAGAUGGUACAGUCAACCGCAACUGAUCAAAGACAGACGAGCAUUUGCGCCAUUUGGACUAGGCAACACCAGCUGCGUCGGCAAGAAUCUCGCCCUGGCACAGAUCCGGCUGGUCACGGCGGCGCUGGUCUCGCGAUACAAGAUGCAAUUUGCGCCUGGGACAGAGGAGGGUGUCUCUGUUGAGAAGAAUAUGCGUGAUCAGCUCACGGCACAGCCGGGGGAGUGUUGGAUUGUGUUUGAGAGGCGGUAG